CUUUGAAAAGGAAAUCACUGAUCUAAAUUUACUCCUUUUAGAUUUGCUUGAAUGUGCUCGGUGAGACGCUGCUUUGGUGCUUUACUGCAUCGGAGAGGAUCGUUUCUGGACGUGUAAAUAAAAGCGUAUCUCAUGUGGGGAAAAGCAUAAUAUCUCGUUGUAAAUGAUGAAUCGCCUAGUGCAGAGGCAGCCUAUUCUUUAUUUUAAUAUAAAUAGGAUAGAAAACGUAUUCAUUAAUUUCUCCAUUCUGUCUGUCUAUCCAUCUGCUAAAAUAGCGGCUAUACGCGCUCUAUAAUAUGUCUAUUUGAUCACUAUAUCUCCGUAUAUCUGUGUAGAUGUUUAAAUACGUACACAAACAUGCAUUUAUAUACACUCCUAUCCAAAUCAGGUUUGUAUGUACCCAUGCAUAUGUAAUGUGCAGUAGACAUGUGCCUACAGAUGCAAGAAUAUAUAGAAUUUACGUCUAUAAAUGUGUCCAUUUAGAUAUGUCUGUACAUGGGAAAAGUUAUCUGUUCAGAGAUAUAUGUGUGUCUAUGUGCAUGUAUGUGUAUGUCUGUACGUGUGCCACUCGGUAUAUGUAUAUAUCUUCAUAUGCUGCAUAUAAGUUUCUCUCUGCGUGUAUAUGUAUAUAUACAGUCACAUAUAUGUCUGUAGAUAUAUGUAACUGUGUAACAGAUAAUGUUUUUUACUCUCCGAUUGAGGUAGACUUCUGCAGCCUAUUGUUUCAGACAACAGAUAUAAGUUGCGAUGGAAGAGGAACGUCGGAUUUGGUGUCUGUCCCCCAUUUCCAAUUAUAGAUGGAUCAUUACAGACAGAGAAGUACUGAGAAUCCAGACAUCUGCUCUUCACAUGAAUGCACUCACCUCCUAGAGAACAGCCUGCCAUCAUGCUCUGGAAACUGGUUGAAAAUGUCAAGUAUGAAGAUAUCUAUGAGAUGUUAGUCCACACCUAUUCCGCCAUGGACCGGCAUGACGGAGUGCCCAGCCACAGCUCCCGGCUGUCCCAGCUGGGAUCCGUCUCCCAGGGACCCUACUCCAGCGCUCCUCCGCUCUCCCACACCCCGUCCUCGGAUUUCCAGCCGCCUUACUUCCCACCCCCCUACCAGCCUCUUCCUUACCACCAGAGCCAGGACCCCUACUCGCAUGUCAAUGACCCCUACUCCCUGAACCCCCUGCACCAGCCCCAGCAGCACCCCUGGGGGCAGCGCCAGAGGCAGGAGGUGGGAUCAGAAGCCGGGUCGCUGCUGCCACAGCCUCGGGCCGCCCUGCCCCAGCUCUCGGGACUGGACCCCAGGCGGGACUACCACUCAGUAAGGAGGCCAGAUGUCCUUCUGCACUCAGCCCACCAUGGCCUGGACUCCGGCAUGGGGGACAGCCUUUCCCUGCACGGCAUCGGACACCCGGGGAUGGAGGAGGUCCAGUCAGUUGAAGAUGCCAAUAACAGCGGUAUGAACUUAUUGGACCAGUCUGUCAUUAAAAAAGUUCCGGUUCCUCCAAAAUCUGUUACUUCUUUGAUGAUGAAUAAAGAUGGAUUCCUGGGUGGAAUUUCAGUCAACACCGGAGAGGUGUUUUGCUCCGUUCCCGGCCGCUUGUCUUUGCUUAGUUCAACUUCAAAGUAUAAAGUAACUGUGGGAGAAGUUCAAAGACGCCUCUCUCCUCCAGAGUGUCUGAACGCAUCGCUCCUGGGAGGAGUGCUUAGAAGAGCCAAAUCGAAAAACGGGGGGAGAUCGUUGCGAGAAAGGCUAGAAAAAAUCGGUUUGAAUUUACCAGCCGGGAGGCGUAAGGCCGCAAAUGUCACUUUACUCACCUCCCUGGUGGAAGGUGAGGCCGUUCAUUUAGCUCGGGAUUUCGGGUACAUCUGCGAAACGGAGUUCCCGGCCAAAGCUGUUUCUGAGUACCUGAACCGGCAGCACACGGACCCCAGCGACCUCCACUCCAGGAAAAACAUGCUGCUUGCUACAAAGCAACUUUGUAAAGAAUUUACAGAUCUCUUGGCCCAGGACAGGACGCCCAUUGGGAACAGCCGGCCCACCCCUAUUUUGGAACCGGGCAUUCAGAGCUGCUUGACUCACUUCAGCCUCAUCACUCACGGCUUUGGGGCCCCCGCUAUCUGCGCUGCCCUCACGGCCCUUCAAAACUACCUGACUGAAGCUCUCAAAGGCAUGGACAAGAUGUUCUUGAACAACAACACUGCUAACAGGCACACAUCUGCCGAAGGACCAGGUAGUAAAACUGGAGACAAGGAAGAGAAACACAGAAAAUGAGAGAGAGAGAGAGAGAGAGAGAGAGAGGAAAAAAAAUAAAAAAAGAGAGGAAAAGAAAAAAGUUAAAUAAAUAAAAGGAGAAAAGAAAGAGAUAAUCUUUUAAAACAAAACCGUCUUAAUUUUAGCUUUAAAAAUAUUGGAUUUGGCUUUGGAAGAAUUCUAUUAGGUAGGACAAAAUAAUAAUAAUAAUAAUAAAAAUAAUAAUAAUAAUAAAAGAAAGACAAUAAUUUAAGAUCAGAGGAGCACAAUGGCGCAAGACCAGUGGUUCAGAGUCUCUUGCCAGGAACAUGUGAAGACAACCACCAGGAUUUUUUUCCCACUUCUGUUCUUUCACAUUUUUUAAAUAAUGAUUUGGGGGGGAGGGGACUUUAAUAAUAAUUAAUAAUAAUAAAAAAAAGAAAUGAAUAACUUAUUGGAAGAAAUCGCAGAAACAUUUUUGGUGUCAGUGCUUUGAUUUCUUGAGCUGCACGGUCUGUCUUGCUAUACCUUUUAUUUUAUUCUUGUUUUUGAAUGACAUCCUGUUUCCACCCUAGCUAAAAUGACCUUCCAGAGCGUUCUUUUCCGAGCAAUCCCAUCGUCUCACCCCCACCAGCUCUUCCCAUCUCAUCUCACCCCUCUGGUUCUGUCUAGACUAGGAAAGGAGGGGAGGCGAGCGCACAGACCCUUCGCCAAGCCGUGGCCACCAGCCUGUUGGAGCUGCGUUCAUGGCAGCACCUUAACGUUCGAUGCCAUUCGAUGGGAAGCGUUGAGUCGCUGUGAUUCAGUCGAAUCAGCUAACUCCAUUCUUUAAGAGCUUUUUUUUGUUUUUCCUGGUCUAGACAGACUCCCUGUUUAGAUUACCAGUGUUUACAGGCAUGUGUGGGUGCGUGUGUGCCUACGUGUGUGCAUACGUGUAUGCGCACACAUCACUCAGUAGGGGUGCGUGUGUAUCCCGUGUAUGUUUGUGGAUAUAUGUGUGUAUACAUAUAUAUUUAAUAUGUGUGUAUCGCCACACAUAUUCAUGCAUGCAAACAUACCUUUGUAAUUCAGCACUUGCCUUCGAUGGCAAAAUACCUUGUCUACAAUGGGCUGCGAUAUUUGAAAGUAAGGUCUGGGAAAAUGUCAGCGCUAUCUGAUUUCUUAAUUUUCUGAGAUCUCCUGUUUUUCUCUAGGGAGUUUUAUAUUCCUAACUAUGCCAAUGUUUUAGCCCUUAAUUUCCCCGAGUAGUGUGUGUGAGAGAGAUAUCUUCCCCCAUUUUUAAAGAACUGUUAACAACAACAAAAAAGAUUGAGUGAUAUGAGUAUGUAAUUCUUUCUCAGGAGUAUGCACUGUUUUAUUUUCUUCUGUUUCCUAAAGCUUUGCCCGCUUGGCUUAUGAGCUUCUUCAAAGAGGACUAGAGAUCCCUACACAAUAUAUCAGGUACAGAGAAAAAAAAUCCACAAUUCUGAUAUUCCGAUACUUUUAUUUUAUUUUAUUUUUUUUGCUUUUUCAAAUCAAAGCCGGUUGUUUCCGCAUUCUGUAGGUGCACUUCUUUAAAGAAGCUCAAAGGGAAUAAUCUGAACGAGAUAAAAAGUAGAAGUUGAAGUCGAGGAGUGAUAUUGCAAAGAAUAAGAGCUGUGUUGAGUGUUACCACGCUUGCUUGGCACUAGGGUUUCGUACCCAGGGAGGAAAGGGUUGCCAUGUGAGCCGGCUCCUCGUGAUGGGAGUGGGGAGGGCUUGCCAGGGAACAGCCUGCUUUCUGAGCUCAGUCUGAGAAAAUCUGCUUCUCUUAGAAAGCUUUUGAAACAAAUGUCUUGUGACUCUUGCUUUAGAACAAGUCCAUGUAGUGUGGGGGGAGGUUUCUUAACUCCAAUGUUUUUAUAGGCGGUUUGGUGUGUGACAGGAUGUCUCAUGCAUAUGAUUUGGGGGGAGUGGAGGAGAAGCCUGGUUUCCUUCCCUUUUUUUUUUUUUUUUUUUUUUUUUUAAGUCUAUUUUAACGUAAAUACUUUUGUCUUCUGUGAUAAAUAUAAUGCUGAAGUGUAAGGAUGUGAAUUUCUGUUUGGGUUCUGCCGGUUUGGGUAACUGCCUGUGUUUCUCAGCGGGGCAGGCUCCGUGCGCUAACACAUCUCUUUGCUGAUGCCAGAACAGUUACGGGGUGUGGGCAGAGCUCCUGGAGCCACUGCCAAACCUCCAGCGGGGUCAGGCCUCCCCCCAGGUCCCGCUAAAGCUGCAGCGCUCAAUCCCACCCACCCAAGCAGGCACACCUGAGCUCCGAACAAGGCAAGAAACAGAGAUCAAAGAGAAGCCUUAGCCGUGUUUUCAUUUCUAGAUACCUUCCGAAGUGGAUGUUGGGGGAGAAGUAGGUUAGAAAUACUCUCCGCAUCCCCCCAAAAAUGUUCUUAAAACAAAAAAAAUCAAAUGAGCCUCUUGACUGUUGCCCUCAGCAUCUUCAGCUGUCUGAGAAGCAGCUACAGCUCAGGGCCUGCUCUGCUUUUCAAAUCUUUGUGCAGCAAGUGAAAGUCUUGGCCUUCGUCCCCUACCAGUGAGGUGGACGUGCAUGGCAAUAGAAACCCAGGAACCAUCCAGCCCCAGGCAGCACCGACCUCUCUGGCAC